AUGAUUGUUGUGAAAAACAGUAGACCCUCCAAAAAUAAUGGCGUACCUGAUCGUUCCGGCCAAAAUUGGCAAAAUUGGCCGGAGGGAGUGAUAAGGAACCAAUUCAAUUUUGCCACUCUGAUAGGGAACGACACCCCUGGUCUGUGGCCCAGGCAGCAGAAGAGAAAGUUGGUCGGCACAGGAAGUCAGGUUAAGGUUGCCACAGCCGAUGGCGCUAACUCGAGCGGCAAUCGAUUAGGGCCUGGUGGUGGCAGCGGCGCUCCUCCACCACCGCGAAACCCAGUUGGACUCAAGCAUGAGGAUAGUGCAUGCGUCAAGCGCGGCAAGUUAGGGCACUGGGAUUGUGAUGGUUCUCCGGUUGGAGGAGGGACGCAAUCAAACGUGCCUCAGAAGGCCUGUCCCUGUGGGUUGGGUGAUUGUUUGGUUGUCACUUCGAAUACGAAGAAGAAUAGGGGCAGGAGGUUUUAUAAAUGUCCUUUGAGAGAGGAAAAUGGGGGUUGUGGUUUCUUCGAGUGGUGUGAUAAUGCUUCUGGAGCAGCCCACAUGCCCAAUUUGUCCAGUGAUAGUCGCAGCAGCUCUCAAUUUCCAGAUCUUUUAUGCCCAUGCGGGGCUGAGUCUUGCUUAAUUUUAACCGUAAGAACGGGGAGCAAUGCGGGGCAGCAAUUCUAUAGGUGUCCUAUCAAGCAGGGACCUAUCUGUGGUUUCUUCAAAUUGUGCAAUGACCCUACGGCGAGAGAUGGUCUUCCAGCAAGCGCCGGUAAGGUCCAUAACAACUUCAAUUACACGGGGCACCAAAAGCCAUGGCACAACAAGUGGACUGUCCUGUUUCAAAUGUGGCCAAGGACACUAGGUAGCGACCACUUCCGCUUCAAGUGAAACUGGAAACUCAUCUGCACCUGGUUCUUGUUACAAGUGCGGCAAGGCAGGUCACCCGCCAAAAGAUUGCCUUAUAACAAUGUGGUGAAGUGGGAAAGGCAAUGACUCUUUUCAUCGUCACACUUGAUUAUCACAAAGAAGG